ACUGAAGUAGAUAUAUUGUAUACAAUGAUUAGACUAUUAUUACUGGCGCUUUUACCAGUCGCCAUUUGUGUCGACCCAGAAGUCACAAUCAAGGACACCAACCCAGCUACAAAAGAGUUACCUGAUGGUACAAAACAGAUUGUCAUCAAUAAAAACAAAGAUGCUUACUUAACAUGUGUUGUACACAACAAACAAGCGGAUACUGAGGUGGAAUGGAGACUGGUGUCCGAUGGAUUCUCCUUCACAAUAUCCGUUGGUCAAGAUUCGAAGGAUCCCUUCCGUUACCAGGUUGACCAACCGUCAGCCAUUUCUUGGCGUCUUAAAGUCCAGAAUGUGCAAGUUUGGGCCUCAAAUUCUCGUUACGUCUGUCAGGUCCUGAUUGGUGACAAGAAAUAUGCUCGAGAUGAGCGUACAAUCCGGGUUGUAGAUCCACCUAAGAUCCUUGACCUGUUGACUGACAGUGAUAUGACGAUCGAGGAAGGCAAUCCAUUGGCACUCCGGUGUAAUGCUACUGGGGUUCCAUUUCCAAAGGUGAAGUGGCAGAGGCUUGCUGGAGGUCUCCUACCCAGUGGUGGUGCUGAACACGCUGAUUUUACCAUGAACAUGGGUUUGGCCACUCCAAGUCACCGUGGGGCCUACAAGUGUAUUGCUCAGAAUGAUGCUGGAAAGGACACACGUAUCGUCGUCAUAAAUGUUGUCUUCAAGCCUCGUGUAGUACAGCGGCGUAGGAUUGUAUCCCAGGCUGUUGGGUACAGAACAGAUCUAGAAUGUACGGCUGCAGGCUACCCUAUACCGCAGGAGAGCGAGUUUAUUUGGACAAAGCUUGGCAAACCUGUAACAGGCAGCAACUACAAAGUGACUUAUAUCCAAGGAGCAUCUGACCGUGUCUUCAGCAAACUCACCAUCUAUAAUGUACAGCUCUCAGAUUUUGGUCUCUACAGUUGUACGGCUUCCAACAUCAAGGGUGACUCUACCCCGGCUCAGAUAGAACUGAAACAAUCAAAUACUCCCUCACCAGACAGUACAGGACAAAUCCGCAGUGGUGCCGGUAUUCUCAGUGUCAGCAUCACAACAAUUCUCACGCUUCUGCUGGUGUGUCUACUACAGAAAAUGUAAACACCAUCACGUCACUUAACUCAGUACACAGACACCCUGCAUUUGUCUUCCUUCUACACCGUUCCAUUUACUGGUGUAAUCCAUAGUGUGAUUUUACUUUAUAUU